UGGUCCAAAUGUCAGUUGUCAGGGCAACACACUCUGUUUGCUUUAGGACAGCUUUCAAUUUAUCUGUAAUGUCUCUGUGUUUCUUCUCCAUCAGUUGUGUGAAAUAUGUUCUUGAUGGCAGACUGUAUUUAGAAUUGAAAGUUGAGAUCAUGUCUCUAAAUCCCUUGUCCUCCACCAUGGACAGUGGCCUCAUAUCGGUCACAAGCAUGUUCAAAAUGCUCUCUGUAAAAAUGGCGGCCUCUUGAACAGUGCAUGACUGAGCUGGGCGAUUCAGGCGAACAAAGCUGUCCAUACUCCGUUGUGAAGAGCUGAGAGGGAGAAAAAGAGGAAAAGCAAUUUAAUUUAUGAAUAUGCACAACAGCUUUCAUGCUGUAUUCUAACCCGGAUAUCAAAGUAAAUAUCUGUUUUAUGUAGAUUUCUACACCUGCAGCAUUUACCAUUAGGCUGAUUAUAAUGUCCUCCACAAAAGUACGAUUCGAUUUGGAGAAGCAGGCCGUGUUGGAAAAUACACUUAACUGAAUAGUUAUAUUAAACUUGUGUCUAUUUCAGUUAAAGCUGUUAUAAGUUAUACAUAUUACAUAAACUAUAAGUUAUAGUAUGCAAGUGAGUUAUAAAGCCAUCUCAUACGUGAAUUUCUCCUUUAAUAUGUUAUAAUAUAACCACUAGGUGGAGCUCUAAGCAUAAUCUAUUCUGGUAGUUUAACGCUGAAGAAGAGCUGUAACGUGCCUUGCUGUUGAACAAGCAGUAAAUGCUGACGCACUUUUUGUUCCGUGCGUUUUAACUGAAAAAUGAGUACUCCGAGUCUUUAUCAAAAACCAACAGGCUGGGGAGUUACAUUUUUUGUUGUUGUCUGUUUGGCAGACAUGACAUACAAACAAGGUCUCGCAAAGACUGCAAUACAAUAUUUGUUCCUCCAUCACAUCCCGGUGUAUACAGUGAAUGCAUGCUGAAAUUAUUGUUGCGUGGCUACAUAAAAGUUUAAGCAUAUGUGAUGCAUUGCUGCAAUUGGUCUGACAUGUGUGUCCGUGCGUGCGUGUGUUUGUGUGUGUGUGAAGGGGUUCUUUUUUUAGGCUACUCUCUUGCAAUUGAACGUGAUAGUUACGUUUACUACUUUAAAACGUCAUCAAAGUUAAACAUCAAAUCUAGUCAAACCGCAUCAUGACAUCGCUAAAAAUGCAGUAUGGGAUUAAAAUCAGCAAACAUCAAUAGGCUUAGACUACGUUAACUUACCUUGUUUCAGCGAUGCUUGGUGAAACAGCAUAGAGUGGAUGUCUUCUGUUCAGAUGCUGAAUCAUGGAAGAUGUGCUGUUGUGGUAUGCCAGCUCUAUUUUGCAGUAGAGACACUGCACCUUGUUCUCGUCUUUAUUGAGUGUGUAAUGAUCCCACACUUUAGACAAUUUCUGCCGUUUAUUUUUAGACCUAUUCUCCGCCAUCGCGCCAACUAAAUUCAAAAGGUCCGUGUGACACAAUCAAAUCCCUGCGCCGCGCGUAUAGUGCGCGUCAUAGGAAUUUAACGAGGCUUCGAGGAAGAGUUUUUGCCUCGAGGAAUUUUUGUAAUCGAGUAACUCGUGUAACUCGAGGAAUCGUUUCAGCCCUAAAUUCCAUUGGGGCCUGGUGCGGAUGCGGCCCUUGCCCGGCGCACAAUUUUGACCACUUCACUCCACCUAGGUGGACUCGUGUCAAGCUGGCAUUCUGGUGUGCUCAGUGGUGGCGUGUCAGGUGGGAGUGAGACCUCUUCAUGGUGUCUGUUAUCCGUACAGGUUUUUUUAGAUGUUCUUCCAGGACAGCCUUUGAUGCAGAGAGACUUCCACUUUUUUUCGUAAAUAGACUCUUUACAAAUUUGAAGGGAUCUUUAUAGAAGCGUGAUCUCGUUUGCUCCUUCCUUCUGCGUUUCCUCAGGAGGUUUUCUGCUCUUCUCAGUGUGGACAGCCUACCCUUGAUCUCUUCCUGCAGAAUCUUUAUUCCCUCCUUUUCCUCCUCUGUGGCCUUCCUCCACUGUUUCUUCAGCUGCCGCCUCUCCUUAAUUAGCAGGUCUAUUUCUUUUUGCCUUCUGGAUUUGGUGUGGAUUGUCGGAGUAGAUCGUUUGCCCUCGACCACUCCGAAGUGUUCUAAUCCGUAUGUGAAGAUGAGGUUCCCCAUUCUCUCCAAUUUCUUCAUGGUGUUGCCUCUGACCCCUUCAAGGAUAUUGCAGAGAUCGUUGUUGACCUCCAUCCACAGUGUCUUGUCGCAGGACUUCGGCCACUUGACUAAUGGCUUUCGCCCCAAGAUCAUCUUCUCAAUUGAGGGGUGCGACAUGUUGGCUUCUGGUUGUUCUCAUGUGCCUAAUUCUUCCUCCUUGGCGACAGGAGUGUUGAUGUCCUGCAGACUGUGGUGUGUGUCCUGCUGCUGAACUUCAGUCGACUGAUUCAACCUACUUCUUAAAAAGUAGUUAUCGAUGCGACGCCCCUGUUGUCCCUUCGUUAGGCACUUUUUCCUGCCCUGGUGUAUCUGCAGGCCAUGAGUAGUGGUAACUUUUGUCCAACCACAUACGCACAUCUGGAGCUUGCUAUAACUAUCGGAGCCUCAGGUGUGCUAAUCGUUAAUCUCGCAGUCUGUUCCGUUCCUAUUUAAGUUACCGGGUUGGCAGUCAGUGAGCCAUCUUUCGCCCCUGCUCUCGCAGGCUCUAGGGGCUCUAGGGAAGCACAAGUGAGUAUUGAAUGUGUAGAAAUGAAUUUUUCUAAAUCAAUAUUUGACAUAAUAACUAAAGAGACUGAAGGAAUUUGUAUAUGUGGUGGGGAUUUCAAUGCAAAAAGAAAGUUACGCAAGCAGAAAGUGGAUUCUGUAAUCUCAAAUGUCAAAGACCCACUCUCUCAAGAAAUUCAUUCGGACACACAAAAAAUAGAAAAAACACAUUUUACUGUUACUAUAGCAAUUUGUACACACAAGAGGGAGCCACUGACAGGGGAGCAAUGAAAACUUUUUUAGACAAAUUAGAUCUACCUUGUAUAGGAGAAAUCCAGAAUACCAGAAUAAAACAUCUAAAAUCAUUUCUAGACUUUACAAAAGCAUUAUUUCAUGUCAGAAAAACACAACUUUAUAUGUUAAAGAAAAGUGGGAAAAAGAAAUGUCCAUCACUAUUUCAGAGAAAGAAUGGUAUUCAAUAUGUGCAUUAACUCAGUCUUCUACCACAUCACUGAAAUGGAGGGAAUUUAACUGGAAAAAUCUCAUGCGCUUCUUUAUUACACCUUCAAUUAAAAGCAAACAAUUAGCAGAUCCACAGACGUUUUGGAGACGGUGUGAUACAGUAAAUGCAAAUCAUUCUCAUAUCUUCUGGAGCUGAUUGCAAAUAAGACCAUUUUGGCAUUCCCUUCAUCGUGUUUUAACAAAUGUUCUGCGCUGCACUAUCUCCUUCACUUAGGUAGUAUUACAUCUGGGUAAAAUCUCUGAAACAGUCAUUGCUCAAGAUCAGUACCUGGUGAAAAUAUUGCUUGUUGCAGCAAGAAAAGCCAUAACCAGAAGAUGGCUUAAGCCAGAACCACCAACCCUCACUGACUGGACUGAAAUACUGGAGGAGACCUACAUUAUGGAAAAGAUGACUUUUGUUUUAAGAUUGAGAGAAGGAAAAUUGAAAGAAAAAUGUGACAGAUGGACUGUAUAUAAAAACUCACUGGCCAUUGCAUGAACAUUUCUGGAAUGGCGGCUGUCAUGUUUUAUUUUUCUAUAUUUAUUUAUUUAUUUAUUUAUUGUCCUUACUCACUUUUUUUUUUUUACAUUUCUUCUCUUAGUUUGUAAGACUUACUGUGUUUGGUGUCAUGUACAUUUGUGUUAUAUCAAAAUUAAAACUUAAGUUAAGAAAAAAAAAUAAAUGAAUUUAAAAAAAAAAAAAAAAGCAAAAUAAAUAAAACUUUGGUUGUUGUGAUAUAUGAUUCAUUACAGGAGGUCCUUUGUCCCAACAGCAGUUAGACUAUAGAAUGACACAGUUUAGGACUAAUGAAACUGCUGCUGUAUUUACUUAUUUAUUCAUGACGUGUACUUAUACUUCCACCUUUUAUUACUAUUUUAGUUUGUACUGACUAUUUGUUUUUCUAACUGCUAUAUUUCUUGUUUGUCUGCUGUAACAACUGAAUUUCCCUCCGGGGAUCAAUAAAGUCUUGUUUCGUCUUA